AUGCAAGCUGCUAAAUUACGUCAACAUUACGCCCGUCAGUUUUCGUGUAAUUUAAAGAAACCUAUCUCUAAUAUAUAUUCAAAAUAUCUAUAUCAGUUCAAGUAUAAAAAACUAAGUAAAUUCUUAGCAGCUGCAGCUGUUGAUGCAUGUAAUCUAAAACAAGGUGAUAAUGUAUUAGAAAUUGGAUUUGGACAAGGUUAUGGUAUUCAAUUAGCUGUUGAACAUGUUGCUCCUGUCACGGUUAAUCAUUGGAAAUCUUCACGUACUACAUUUAUCUUACAAAAUAUUUUAUUAAAAUCAAAUAUUGAAUCAGGUAUAUAUAAAAAUGAUGGUCAUGUUUAUGGUGUUGAAAUUUCUGAUUACAUGCUAAAAAUAGCUAAAAGGAAAUUAUGGCCACUCACAUAUACAGAUUGUGUUGAUUUACAAUUAAGAAGUAUACAUCAUCUUCCUUAUGCUGCUUCAUCAAUGAAUGCAUGUUUUCAUGUAGAUUGUUUUUAUUUUUGGCCUUCUUUAACGUAUUGUUUACAAAAAAUUUGGAGAGUUCUACGCCCAAAUGGACGUCUUAUAACUACAUUUCAAACUAAUCAUUUAACUGAUUUAUUCGAACGUGGAUGGUUACAAUAUGGUAAUCCUGAUCCUUUAACUUAUGUAAUGGCAUUAGAAACAUGUGGAUUUAAUAAAAUUGAAUGGUUAAAGAAUCAAUCACAAUGCAAUUUAUAUGAAUCAUAUGAUUGUAUUAUUGCUUAUAAACCACCUACAAUAUUAUUAAGUGAUUCGACAUUGUAAUAUGUAUAUUUAUUUACAUUUCUUACUUUUCAAAAAUAUCAUACUGUAUAUAUACAUUUAUAUAUUUAUAUAAACUCGAAUUUUUUGUAACUAAGGACUUCAUUUCAUUAUUCUGAGCAGAUUGUUUCAAUAUUUCCAUACAGACUACAGUUUACUAUUAAAGUCGAAUAGUGACUGAUAGUGGAACUCAGGAUGUCCAUUUCGUUUUCUUAGAGAGUCAGUCAUAAGAUGAGUGUUAUUUUCAUCGCAAAGUUCAUGUCCAUACUGUGACUUAGAUUCAAUAUCUUUCGAUUCAAACAGCAACGCGUUGUUUGUUUAUUAGGCUUACUGAAUCCAACCAUUUACUGGUUUUUACAUUGAAUGAAUAUAAACGUUGUUCGUAAAUGGUU